GCGAUGAAUGUUCGUCGAGUGUGUUGGGUGGGUCUUGCGACCUUUGCUUUCGUCCUGAUUGCAAUUAGCUUGUUGAAAAUGAAUCCGAAAUUCAAUCAAUUCCAGACUUUAGUUGAUUUUACAGAGACCCAAACAGCCGCUGGGAAUAUGUCGGCCAAAGAGAUCUUCCGUUAUUUGCAUUGGACCAACAGCACGUCGUGCUUAUUCGCUGUCGAUUUUGGCUAUUGGGUUUGGAACGGCGGCGGCGUUGCGGCGCCCGACGGACACAAGGCCGUCUGCCUCGACCAGUUCAUCUCGCCCGUCUAUGACAACUGCCUCGUCUACUCGUUCGGCAUCAACAAUCAGUGGACCUUUGACGAAGCCAUGGCCAAGUUCGGCUGUCAAGUUUAUUCAUUCGAUCCGUCGAUGGGCGUCGGCGACUACGACCGGAGUCGACACAUUCAUUUCCAUAACCUCGGCCUGUCCGGCAAGAAUGAAGCACACCCCACCACAAAGUGGAACAUGAAGACGGCCUCGUCCAUCUACGAGAUGCUGGGCCAUCAACCGACGCUUAUCGACGUCCUUAAAAUGGACAUUGAGUUCUACGAAUGGGACGCCAUUCCGCAAAUGUUGCGGUCCGGUUUUCUGGCAGACAAAGUCAAACAGCUGGCCGUUGAAAUCCAUUUCAACGCCAACGAUACGUUGGAGACAUUCAGGCGUUAUGUGGGCAUCCUGCAAGAUCUGGAAUCAACCGGGCGAUUUGUUCGUUUCAGUUCGCGGCCCAAUCCGUGGCUCAAGCGGCCCAUAUCGAUCCUCGGAGGCCAAGAAGAUUACGUCGGCAUGGAACUGACGUGGUAUAAUUCCAGAUUCUAUAAUUCCUCGUCGGUAAUAAUAUGA